AUGACUACUGCAGACACGUCAUGCUACACGGUCAUCUUCGAGUCGGCCACUGAAUCUCCUUCGGCGUCCGAACUGCGCCAGCUCCUUGAAAAGGGCUCAGAUGAAGUCAAAAUCGACACGUUGCGCCGGAUCGUCAUUUCGACUAUCAAUGGAAAUCCUCAGCCGGCGUUGCUCAUGCCCAUUAUCCAAUUCGUAUUGCCUUCGCGGAACAAGCAGCUGAAGAAGUUAUUGCAUUUCUACUGGGAAGUCUGUCCAAAGUACGACGAGCAGGGAAAACUGAAGCAGGAAAUGAUUCUUGUCGUCAACGCCAUUCGAAAUGACUUGCAACACCCAAAUGAGUACAUCCGUGGUGCAACUCUACGGUUCCUGCAGAAAAUCGCCAAAGAUUCUGAGCUCCUCGAACCUCUUAUUCCAACGUGUCGAUCUUGUCUGGAGCAUCGGCACUCCUACGUCCGCAAAAACGCAGUGUUCGCCGUCUAUUCCAUUUAUCGCGAAUAUGAGCAUCUCAUCCCAGAUGCCUCCGAGCUCAUGCUUACCUUCCUCGCUGCGGAAACCGACUCUACCUGCAAGCGCAAUGCAUUCGUGUUUUUGGCUCAUUGUUCUAUGCCCAAGGCUGUCGAGUACAUUUUGAGCAUUUACGACUCCAUUCCGUCCCUAGAUGAAGCGUUGCAGAUGAGCAUUAUUGAGGUGAUACCCGCUGCGUCCUGCUAUAUCAACCUCAUAAUAAAGGAAUCAGAUAAUAACGUCAAGCUCAUCGUGCUAGAUCGUCUCGACGCCCUUCGUUCAAGGCAUGGCCAUGUCAUGGAUGGCCUCAUAAUGGACGUGUUGCAGAUCCUGUCUACUGCCGACAUGGAAGUCCGUCGGAAGGCUAUCAGUGUGGUUCUCAGUAUGACAACGAGUCGUAAUGUUGAAGAAGUCGUUCUCUUCCUAAAGAAGCAGCUUCAAAAAACUCAAGAAGCCGACUUCGACAAGGCUUCGGAGUAUAGACAACUCCUCAUCCAAUCCAUCCAUGUCACGGCUAUCAAGUUCUCUGAGGUUGCGGCUAGCGUUGUACAUGCGCUGAUGGAAUUCCUCGGUGAUACAAGUAACCCCUCCGCUCUCGACGUUGUCGCCUUUGUGCGUGAAGUUGUAGAGAAAUUCCCCAAUCUCAGAGCAGCCAUUUGUGAAAGAUUGAUACAAACCUUACCAGAGAUCAAGUCUGGGAAGGUUUUCCGUGGAGUGCUAUGGAUUUUGGGUGAAUACGUCGAGACGGCAGUGGAUAUCCAGGAAACUAUGCAAGCUGUAAGGAAAGUAUUGGGCGAGAUCCCCAUUCUCGCCUCAGAACAACGAUUGCUAGAUGAAGCGAGUGGGGAGGAUCCCGAAACGGAGAAGGGAGAAACGGCUGAAGUUAUUGGACGACCGAAAGUAUUGGCAGACGGCACAUAUGCGACAGAAACAGCGUAUUCAAGUACAGCUGCAUCUCGUUUGGAAGCUGUUAAAGCCGCUGCUAAACCUCCCUUGCGAACACUCAUUCUUGGAGGUGAUUUCUUCACCGGGGCAGUCUUAGCAGUGGCUCUUUGUAAGCUUGCCCUUCGUUUCGAUGAUCUGAGUCAAGAUACUGUUUCCUCCAAUUCGUUACGCGCUGAGGCAAUGUUGAUCAUGACUUCAAUCAUUCGUGUUGGCCAGUCCAAAUUUGUCACAGUUCAGAUCGAUGAAGACUCCAACGAGCGUAUAAUGAAUUGCAUACAAACUCUCAGCGAGCUUCGAGCGCAGCCCGUGAUGCUCACUGCUCAAGAGAAGCGAGCUCUUGAGAAGAAAGAGACGGAAGCGACGAAGACAGCGGUCGUUCAAGUCGACGAUCUUCUGACAUUCAGGCAGUUCUCCAAGAAGACUAACGAUGAUACCAUCGAUGAUGAUGAGGAUGUCGGUCGUGCAACGGGCUCGGGCGAAAUACAAGAAGACUUCAUUUCUAAUCUUAGCCGAAUUGCUCAGCUUACUGGAUUUUCCGAUCCAAUAUAUGCCGAAGCCUAUGUCAAGAUGCAUGGAUUUGAUAUCAUGCUUGUUAACCAAACACCAAACACGCUGCAGAACCUUUGCCUGGAUUUUGCUACUUUGGGCGAUCUCAAAAUUGUCGAGAGGCCGUCAGUAUACACCAUCGGUCCCCAUGGAUUCCAGAGUAUCAAAGCCACUAUUAAAGUGUCAUCGACGGAGACUGGUGUUAUCUUCGGAAGUAUACUUUGGGAGGGUCACAAUAUGUCAGAGGCUUGUGUCAUUCUCAACGACAUUCAUAUCGAUAUCAUGGACUAUAUCAAACCGGCUUACUGCAAUGAGGCGCAGUUCCGCAGUAUGUGGACCGAAUUCGAAUGGGAGAAUCGAGUCAACGUCAACAAUUCUAUGUCUGAUCCAAGAGAGUAUCUCAAACAUGUCAUGAAGGCGACGAAUAUGUCGUGUCUGACACCUGACGGUGCCCUUUCCGGAGAAUGCGAUUUCUUGUCCGCAAAUAUGUAUGCAAGAAGCCUGUUUGGCGAAGACGCACUGGCCAAUCUAAGUAUUGAACGGACGGAGGCGGGUACCAUUACAGGCCAUGUGAGAAUUCGUAGCAAGACGCAGGGUAUAGCUCUUUCAUUGGGUGAUCGGAUUACAAUGGCGCAAAAGGAUAGUAAACCUAUAUCACUGUAG